AGGCGGAAGCUUGUAGGAGGCUCGGAGCGAUUCUUUCUAGAAUUCUGUAGCUGCAUCUGGCUAGUAGUUGCGGGGAAGGUCCUUCCGAGCUUGUUCUGGAAAAUAAACGUCCGGUUUCUGCGUUCAGCUCAAACCAACGUUUCCGAGUAGCGCGUCUGCAUCGUGAUUUUUGCUCCACAGUCACAUUUUCUCCUUAGGUGUGUUUAGCCUUCCAUUUGAUCCGACUUAUAGGAGGCUAACUUGGUUAGCUUGGGGUUCUUGCUGGCAGGAUGUCCAGGAUAGACUACAGCGUGUGGGACCACAUUGAGGUCUCAGACGACGAGGAUGAUACCCACCCAAACAUCGACACACCGAGUCUCUUCAGAUGGCGACACCAGGCUCGCGUGGAGAGAAUGGAAGAGUUUGAGAAGAAAGGCGAAGAAAUCAACAAGAGUCUACUCGAUUGUCGGCGUAAGCUGGCCGAGACACAGAAGAAACUGCAGCAGCUGAGCGUGGCCGCGUCAGAUGAUGCCAAAGCAGAGCUGAGCAAAGUCCAGGCCGAGGAGAAGAAGUUGAAGAAAGAGGAGCGAGACUGGGCGAAGAGGAUGGACGAACACCGCAGAGAGGAGAAGAAGAUGCCCUGGAAUGUGGACACGCUCAGCAGAGAUGGUUUCAGCAAGAGCGUCGUGAACGUCAAAUCUGAGGCUGGAGAGGAGACCGAAGAGGAGAAGGAGCAAAAACACAAAACCUUUGUGGAGAAGUACGAGAAGCAGAUCAAACACUUCGGCAUGUUGCGACGUUGGGACGACAGCCAGAAGUACCUGUCUGACAAUCCUCAUCUUGUAUGUGAAGAAACUGCCAAUUAUCUGGUCAUCAUGUGCAUUGACCUUGAAGUGGAAGAGAAACAUGCGUUGAUGGAGCAAGUGGCUCAUCAGACUAUAGUCAUGCAGUUCAUCCUUGAGUUGGCGAAAAGCCUGAAAGUGGACCCCCGUGGCUGUUUCCGCCAAUUUUUUGCUAAGAUUAAGACAGCCGAUCAACAGUACCAGGACGCUUUCAACGACGAGCUCGAGUCAUUCAAGGAGCGAGUUAGAGGCAGGGCAAAGAUCCGCAUAGAGAAGGCCAUGAAGGAAUUGGAAGAAGAAGAGCGACAGAAGCGCCUGGGUCCUGGGGGGCUCGAUCCCGUCGAAGUCUAUGAAUCUCUGCCAGCUGAAAUGCAGAAAUGCUUCGAUGAAAAAGACAUCCAGUUGUUACAAGAUGUCAUUAGCAAAAUGGACCCAACAGAGGCAAAGCAUCACAUGAAGAGAUGCAUCGACUCUGGCCUCUGGGUGCCUAAUGCCAAGGGCGAUGACGAUACAAAAGAUGAGGAACCCACCUAUGAAGAGGUGAAACAGGUGCAGGAAGAAACGAAGAAAGAAUAACCAAACAAAUUCAUUCUUGCUUCUUUUUUUUUAUUAUUAUUGCAAACAUAUGUACCCCAAGUAUUUCAGCUCCGUAACGUGUACGGUUAGUUUUGCAAAUGAAUAAAGGAAACGACUCAUUUGAAGAUGUUCGCUGAAUCUAAGGGAAGAAGGUUCAAUUACCAACACAACUUGGAGGCAAUCGACUACCCUGCUUUGGACAUAAAACUGCUGAUUGUGCUAAAAGUCAUCACUGAAGCUAUUUUCUUUCAUUUAUUUGUAUACACUUGUGUGGAUUUCAACACACACGUCAGACUCAUUUCUUUGUGUUGGCAUUUAGAUUGUAGGCCUUUUUUUGACUUUUCCAUGCUGUCUAGGUCAGUUUUUUUUUAAAUCCAGAGAUUUGUUUUCGUUUACACAUCUAAUUUCACGUUUUUUGGUAACUCUUGGGCUAAAUGUCGAACUUUGUUGACUCUAAAAGGGUAUAAGGGUAAAAGGCAUUUCCUCCACAGAAAAUUUUGGGUCGUACAACAGGUAAAUUGGUGACUGUUUGCCUCUUCUUGGCCUCAAAUCGAAUCACAACCGGUGUUCUCACAAUGUCUUUGAUUUUACGUCUCCUUAAGCCUUUGUUCAAUGUAGCCUAAAAUCUAAAUGUGUCCUCCUCAAGCUUUACUCUUUACCCACCUUCUCCAAAAUAGUUCAAAAGAUGGAGCAAGUGCUCAUUUAGACCUGUCAUUGGCACUAGGAACAGAUGCUCAGCUUUUAUUCAUGCUUUGGUUUUGACAACUAGUUGACCCACAUAUCUGCAUGUUGUAGCUCCUGUUUCAAAAUACACUCGUUUAUGUUGGCUUUGUCAUAAAUAAGAUUAUUUGAUUUUACUCUAAAUGACUACAUAAAAGGAAUCUUUGUGGAAAAAGAUGGCCUGUUUUUCUUCUGAUUGUGUGUGGGUGGGGUUGGGGAGGUCCUGAAAUAUAUUUAGCUUUACGCCAAGUAAGGCAGAACUUUGCAGUGACAACUUUGAAAUGCUGUUUCACUAUAAUGACAUUAUGGGGAAAACACGUUUCAGAAAACACGUUCCGAUGACACAACGGUUGAAGGACAACCCAAAUAAAUGUGUUGAAAGAG